AUGGAAUCGCGGGAUUCAAUAUCAACUGAUAAAACAUCAUCAUCAUCUUCAUCGACAAAACCAACUGAAUCAUCAUCUUCAUUGUUAUCAAUUUCACCUAAACUAACAAUUACAAAAACAACAUCAAAUAAACGAAAACCUAUGUUAACUAUGAAUGGUUAUCAAUAUCAGGUGAAAAAUUUCAAUAAAAAUAAAACAAUUAAAUUUUGGCGUUGUGCUAAUAGAAGUUGUGGUGUGCUUUUACACACGAAUCUUAAUGCUGAAAAUAAAAAUUGA